AUGCGACUACAUUAUCUGUUGCUGAUAUGGGUGACGCUCAGCGACGCAUUCGGCCGCCGUCCCGUCAUGCUCAUGGCACUGCUGAUUUUCGCCAUUGGAGCCAUCGUUUGUGCCGUCUCCCAUGACUGGACAACAAUGCUUGCUGGCCGGACAGAUCAAGGUCUCGGGGGUGGGGGGCUCAUUGCCCUGACAACGGUCUUAAUCACCGACCUAGUCCCUUUACGCGACCGUGGUCGCUUUUAUGCAUUGGUCAGUAUUGUCUGGGCUGCCGGCAGCGCAACGGGGCCAAUCAUCGGAGGUGCGUUGGCACAGUCCGGGUCAUGGCGCUGGAUCUUUUGGAUCAAUCUGCCAAUUGUGGGUAUGGGCGUAGUAGGGAUUGGGCUUUUCCUACGGCUGGCUCGACGCCGCCACACCUUGACGGAAAAGCUGCGCAUGUUCGACUAUCCCGGGUCAGCUCUUUUCAUUGCAUCAAUCACUGCCCUUCUGAUCCCCAUAACCUGGGGUGGCGUACAAUAUGCAUGGGCCAGUUGGCAUACCCUGGUGCCAUUGCUUCUCGGUGCUGCGGGCCUCGUCGGCUUCAGUCUCUAUGAGCUUUUGGUAGCAGCACGGAGCAGGGACGUAGCCAUCAGCGAGAGGCGACCACUCCUCAUCCCGCCUGCGGUUAUGUCCAACUGGACAGUGGGAAUCCUCUACGCCGGGAGCACAUUUCACGGCCUGAUUCUCUACAGCUUGGUCUACUACAUGCCGGAAUAUUUCCAGUCGGUCAAAGGAUACAGCCCGGUCAUCGCCGGCGUGGCUGCGCUUCCCCAGACGGUGACGAUCGUUCCCUGUGCCAUUCUAGUGGGAGUAAUAGUGGGCAUCACCGGCCGGUACCGCUGGGCAGUAUGGGCAGGCUGGCUCCUCACCUGCUUUGGCAUGGGGUUUCUCAUUUUACUCGAAUCCAACACCACGGUGGCGCAGUGGAUCUUCUUGGAGGCUGUCUCCGGUCUCGGGAUUGGCUUACUGUUUCCGUCAAUUGCCCUGGCGAUCCAAUCCUCUGUGCCGCAGCGAGAGGUGAGCGUGGCCGCCACUCUAGUAUUGUUCUUCAGGUCCAUGGGACAGGCGAUUGGCGUGGCGGUUGGAGGAGCAAUCCUUGACAAUCAGCUCCAGAGGCAGAUCUCGGCGGCUUCACUGCUAGAAGACACUAGUUCCUCGCAAAGUGGGCUAUCAUUGAAUGCUGUGACCCUUGUAGAGCUGUUGAAACAUAUCCCUUCAGACUCGUCAGAGGCGGUCGAGAUUAGAAGGGCGCUGGUGGAUUCGUUCCAGGUCAUUUGGAUGGUCAUGUGUGGCUUUGCCGGGCUCAAUUUGAUUCUGAGCAUCGGUGUCAAGGAGUUCGACAUGAAUCAGAAUCACGAGACUGAGCAGGGCUUUGUGCACGACACAAGAUGA